AUGGCCAAGAUCCGAUGGGGACCUUGGAGCGGUGCUUCGAGGAAGUCUCAUCGCAUCCCGGCGAGGAAUUCUGCGUGGAGCUUGGACGAUGACCUCGUCGGACUGCAGAAGCUUCGUCUGGUGCAGACCUUCGAGGCCUGA